AUGAAUUAUUUUACCAAAGAAGCCUUGAAGGUCCCAGACCUAGAUCAGAAGGUAGCCAUGAUUGCACUCCAGCAGGGUACCACUGAUGAUAACUUUCGCCGGUCUCUUGCAAAGAGGGCACCUGAUAAUAUGAAUGACUUGCAAGAGAGAGCCGGGAAAUACAUUAAAGCGGAGGAAAGCCUAAGAAAAUCCCAGAAUAACCAAGGGCCGAACACCAACUUUAAGAAACGUGGGAACGAUGCCGAGUAUAACGCCGAGAACAAAUAUGCCAGGAAGGAUGAUGAUAAGAAGUCGCCUGCUAAAAAGAAGCUCGGACCAAGGUUCACAGAAUAUGCUAGGCUCAAUGCCCCAAGAAGUCAAAUCCUAUUGGAGAUCGAAAAGGAUGAGAGUGUUCGAUGGCCAAAGCCUAUAAGGACCGACCCGGAGAAACGAAACAAGGAUUUAUAUUGUCGAUUCCACAAGGACACCGGACAUAAGACCGAUGAUUGUCGGCAGUUGAAGGAUGAAAUCGAAUUCUUGAUCCGAAGAGGCAAGUUGUCUAAAUUUACCAAGGAUGGAGACAAGAAUUAUCGAGACAAUGACAGUCGUGGAAGAGACAAUGAUGAUAAGAGAACCCAGCCUCGAGGGCCUGUGAUUAACGUGAUCUCCGGAGGGCCUACGGCUGCAGGCACUUCAAGUAAUUGGAGGAAAGCUUAUGCAAGGGAAGUGAUGAGUAUAGUUCGAGAACCCCCAAAGCGGGUAAAAAUUGACUAUGCAAUGGCAUUCGAUAAUGUCGACAUCGAGAAGGUAAAAUUCCCCCAUGAUGACCCCUUAGUAAUUACACCAGUGAUUGGAAACUCGUCUGUAAAGAGAGUGCUUGUUGAUAAUGGAGCCUCGGUGGAUAUCUUGUUCUAUGAUGCAUAUGAAAAGAUGGGGUACUCUGAUACUCAGCUGACACCCUCGGAUAUGCCUAUAUAUGGCUUCAACAAUGUGGAAACAAAGAUCGAGGGCAUGAUCCAGCUUCCUGUAACUAUGGGUACCGAACCUAGGCAAGCCACGUGUAUGCUAAAUUUCUUGGUUGUUAAAGCCUCAUCAACCUAUAAUGCCAUCCUUGGAAGGACUGGAAUACACGCUUUUAAGGCGAUUCCAUCCACUUACCACAUGAAGAUUAAAUUCCCAACUAGGAACGGAAUUGGAGAGGAAUUGGGAGAUCAGAAAAUGGCCCGAAGUUGUUAUACUGGAGCACUGAGAUCCGGGGGAACUGGGGGCAAGUGCUGCCCAUAG